CGCGUUUAGUCGCUACGAUACCCGAUUCACGUGACGGCCGUCGAUCGAGCGCGCCUCGAUCAACGAGUUUCGACGCUCUCGUCGUGUUUCGCAUACGCUUCCAACGGGUCGACGUGCGCUCCGUGUAUACGUGCCUGCUUGCGUGCGUGCGUGCGUGUCUUCGUCCGAUAACGAGAGCGAGUCGAGGAGGAAUAAAAAGAGGACGCGAGAAAAAGAGUCGUUCGUCUUCGCCCGGCCUCGACGGCUUAACCUAUUUGCGCGUCUGCUCCGAGAAGAAGGUAGAAUUUGUUUGUCGGAGUGAAAUAGAGAAUCGGAGGACCGCUUCCGGGGCCUUACGCCCGUCCUCGGAGGACCGACCUCGCGCCGAGUGUGAUGCGAAACAACGGAGCCUCGUACCUGCUGCCUCCGGCAGGUGAGGGCUGACGAGGUAACAGGGUCGAGGAAUCGCGAAAACACCGGGGAAUUCGUUCGUAUUAUUCGUCCUCGGCCUCCGUUCCUCGAAUGUGCGGUCCGUAAAUACGUUGACGAUCUAUUAAAUCACCGGAUGAUCGUCCACCCGCAACGUGGACCGAAGGUGGGCGAACGAUGAUGACGCGUUGGGACGUUUCGAAUAAAUAGAGGGACAGAAAUAUAGGAAAGAAAAGAAAUAUAUAGAUAAACGGUCAGUCCCCUCCUCGCAGGGUCAACGAUCGCGUAGAUCUCUACGUGCUCUCCUCUCUGCACGGGCGUAUCCGUCGCGGCGGACCGGGGCACGUAACACGUGUAUACACACGGUACACACAUACACAGCACCUAUCGAGGUGGUAGCAUUCGCGUUUCACGAGAGUGACCGCGUCGGUGUCCGUCGUCGACGUCGGGAGUGAAAAGGCGGUCGACCGUACGGCUGCUUUCACCGACGAGCCGCGCCGGUGGAAUAAUGCCGAUCGCGCUUUAACGCUCCGUCGCGUGCCUUCGUGAAAAAUGACGCCCGCCUGCCAAUAAUCGCCACCCACAGCAGGUAUAAUAUUCGUCGUCAUCGUCGUUGAUCCCAUUCGGUGAGAAUUCGUGCGGAACGGCGAGUCGAAACGCGAUUGUGACGCGAGUUACGGACGGUCACCCGGUAUACGGUGGGAUCGUCAAAUCGACAGUAUUACGGGAAAGAAGAGAGCCCGAGAGAGAGAGCUUCAUUCCCUUCGCGGCGUUGUGGAAUUUGCAGACACCGCAGCGCAACCUUCAGCGACCUCGCCUCUCGGUGUAUAAUAUUAAAUCGGCGGGAUCGCCGCGAUAGUCGUCUUCGCUUGCACACGCUUGGAGCCCGUGGAAGACCCCAACCCGUGGAUAUCUAAUCUCUGUGAAUAACGUGAUCCGCGGUGACCCUCUCGGGUAUAACAACAAGUUGCACGCGAGUGGACGUUAUCGGACAGAGAGAGCUAACGAGAUUCGUCGCAAUCCGUUCGCGGCCGUCCCUCGGUGUGUAUACAUAUUCUGUGCGCGUCGUCCUAACCUUCGACGAUCUUGCCGGCAUAAGAUAUUGACUCGGCUUCGCGGAACUGCGACUUUCCACGACGCGUCGCAGAAUCAGCGAAUACCUCUCCGUCCCUGUGAGACGUUAACCCGACGGAGCAGCUGAAUCAAUCCAGAGGCGAGCUAACCCUCGGUGACAUCGGCACAAGGCACGCGAACUCGACCGGUGUCUCUUCCUCUCUCUCUCGGCGCGAUGUCUGGCGCGCGAUUGUGAAAACGCCUCGGCCACACGUACGGUUACUCCGAUUAGCAUGGAAACAGCCGCCAAGAUGUACAUCAGCAACGAACCGCAGAACGGUCAUACGACCACCAAGUACGCGUCGACCAACUCGAUCCCGGCGAUGAUUCAGGAACAGGAGUCCUCCUUGGCGAGGAUCCUCGGCGCGGUCGGCAAGCAGCGCGAAAACGCGGCGGCGAUCCUGCGGGACGGCAAGGGCCGCCGACACAGUGUCCUGGAGGACCUGAAGGCCCGACGAGACAGUCUCUUUCAAAGGGCCCGCAGAGCCAGCAUAUUCGGCGACGAGAAGGAGAACGCCAAGGACAACAGCAAGGAUAACGUAAAGGAGAAGCCGAAGGAAAAGAGGAGGAGCAGCGACACCGGCAGGAGAGGCUCGGUGUUCUACGUGUCGGAGGAUCUGCUGGAGGAGAACCAUGAUAUCCCAGAGAACGAAGACCGCGCCCAAGCGGCGCAGGAGGCCAAGAAGGGUCGCCGGAAAUCGUGGCAUCCGCUCGCCAAGCCGCCCAAGGUGGUGGAUCGCAAAAGGCGGAAAGGUGUGGUCGCACCGGCGCAGACCGGCAGCACCGAAGGGCUCUAUCCGCAGACCCGGCAGAAGAGACCGUCCUGGUGGAACAUCUUCGUGCCGGACUCGGUCACCAGGUCCAGGCGAAUGUCCCAGGAUGUCACGACGUCAAGAUCGACGGAUAACCUAACAUCGUCUUAUUACAGGAGCAAGAGCCGUAGCGUGGAUCACGGGUUUACGGCGCCUUUCGAUUUGGAUUCCUUGCGGAACAAGGUCGAAGGACGCUUCGAGUCGGUGGAUAAGCUGUCAAAGGAUUCUGACAACGAAAGUAAGGAUGGCUCGACAGUGCAGGAAAAGAAGCACGGCCGCGUCUCCCAGCCCAUCAACACCAUUGCCUACACGGUGGGCGACAGAGACACGCUCACGUCAGUGGCGGCGAGAUUCGAUACGACGCCGUCCGAGUUGAGCAAAUUGAACAGGCUCGGAAGUACCUUCAUUUAUCCCGGCCAGCAAUUAUGGGUGCCAGCGAAAGGGGAGGGACGUCCGGGCGGCGGACCGGCCACCGAUGCGCCCAGCCCCGAUCCUUGCCACGACCACGAGUCCCAGGACGAUCUACCGCCCGAGGAGAAAGAGCUCCUGGACAAUCUGAGACCUGUGUCACCGAAACCGGGCCAUAUGGAGCGUAUAAAAACGCCUCUUGGGACUUCCAGUGUAACUACAGAGGAGGAUGAACAGCCGUUUAGAGAAAGAUUCCUCAAAAUAAACGUCCGGCACAUCACAGAUGGCCAGGGUGUGGUGGGUGGUGUGCUGUUGGUUACGCCAAAUGCAGUCAUGUUCGACCCGAACGUGUCAGAUCCUCUUGUCAUCGAGCACGGUGCCGAGUCUUACGGGGUGAUCGCUCCGAUGGAGUUUGUAGUGAACGCUGCGAUUUACUAUGACAUCGCGCACAUGAGAGUGUCCCAUACCGAGGCCGGCAAUCUGGAUAAGAAACCUGAGAUUUACUACAUGAAGAAACCCCAAGUAGAUAAUCGUAAGUGCCAGUCGCCGGGGAAAGACGAGAAUUUCCCGGAGCUGGCGGGCGACGACAGUGAGAGCGUGUGCAGCAGCGCCGAGAGAGACGGCGACGCUUUUCCAAAGGCCUUCGAACGUGAACUCGUCACUCCCACAAAUCUCCAAACUGAGGAGACCUCGACCAAAGAGAAAGAGAAGGAGAAGGAUAACGGCGAGAAGGAGUUUUGCAGCGGCGGCCAAGGCAGCAGGACGUUGGAGGAACGUAGACGCUCCAUGCUGGAUCAUCAUUGGGCUGUUCCUAGCAAAGAUCGAAGCACAUUUUCCGUUGAUGAUGAACAACAGGACUCGCUGAAUUCCGAUAAGGCGGAGCCAGCGAAAUCAAACGCCAUUCCCGAGGACGAAGAAGGAUCUCUAGUCAAAUUGUCGUGCCAUGAUUCCGGUAUCGAUAUCCGCGAGCCCAAUCCACCUAUUCCGAUAGUGCAGCCUAUGCCGUCGAAAAAGGUGUAUUCAGACGCGGAUAUUGUCUUAUCUUCCGACUGGGUACCGCCGAUAACGAUAGCGCCGACGAACAUCACGAGCUCGUUGGAGACAGGCUCCGUUAUUAACGGCAGGAAAAAGGCCAGCUCGGUGUCCUUUAGCUUAGAGAGCAACGCGGAAGAGCAAGAGAAGGACGAGGAGCACAAGGAGGACGAUAAACAGGAAACGCGGAGGAACAAGAUGCUGAAACGCCUCUCGUACCCGUUGUCCUGGAUGGAGGGUUUAACCGGCGAGAAAGAGGACGAGAGCAAAUCCAUUUCCGACAAGGUGUCGAGCCUGCCGAACAGCGCGGAUUCCCAUCACUCUUCCGUCUUCAGCAAGGUUUUCUCAAGCUCGCCGAUCAACCUGGUGAGUGACUUUAGCUCGGGCCUGUUUGCUAAAACCCCCAGCGAAGAGAGUGGCGGGGGCGGUAGAGCGGGCGGAACUCCUCCGCUCACCGCCUCCUCUCUCUCCCAGGACUCCAGCAAUCCUCAGUUCUCACCUGGUCCGGGAGGCCUCAUCGGGCGCUCCUCCGUAGGUACUUUCAUCAGACAGCAACCCUUGACGUCCUCCGGCAGCAGCAGCGUCGACAGCAGUCGAGGUAGCAAGACCUCGACGACGGCACCGCGACUGGACUACCGCAGCAUGGUCUCGGUCGAUGAUAUGCCGGAGCUGUUUGUGAGUUUCGACAAACUGAUCCCACGACCGGCGCGUUCCUGCGAAGACCCACCGUUGUACCUGAGACUACGUACGGGCAGACCGAAGGACAAGAAGAUACCGCGAUCUACGCCGAUCAUGAGCUACGGAAAGAAGAAGCUGCGUCCCGAAUACUGGUUCAGCGUGCCGCGCAACAGAGUGGACGACCUGUACAGGUUCAUUCACGCGUGGGUGCCGACGCUCUACGGCGAGCUCGACGAGAAUUACUGGCGGGAGCGAGGCUACAUCCUGUCCGACACCGACACCGACCUGUCGCCGGAACUGUCCCCUCAUGAGGCCGGUGAGGGCGCGGAUUCUACGGAGGAGGGCAAGACUCGCGGCCACGACGGCGACGAGAUCACAGAGCUGACGAGGGAGUCCUGGGAGCUGAUCAAGGCCCCCUACGUAAAGCUCUACAGCAUCCUGAAGACCUCGAGCACGUCGGCCGAUUCCGAGCAGAUCCAGGAUUCGGAGGUACUGUCUAUGAGCGAGGAGUUCAGGCGAGCUCUCUACGCGAACAGUGCCGUCUCCUUGGACAACGACGUCAUUGUGCCGGACCUCAUAGGCACGACGGAGAUACUCGGCGACGAACACAGGGAACAGCUGUGCCGUCACCUACCCGCCAGGGCGGAGGGUUACCAGUGGACCCUCGUCUUCAGCACCAGCCAGCACGGCUUCAGUCUCAACAGCAUGUAUCGGAAGAUGGCGAAGAUCGAGAGCCCGAUCCUGUUAGUCAUUGAAGACACCGAGGGCAACGUGUUCGGUGCGUUGACCUCGUGCUCGCUGCACGUGAGCGACCACUUUUACGGUACCGGCGAGUCCCUGCUCUUUAGGUUCACGCCGAGGUUCCAGUCGUUCAACUGGACCGGGGACAACCUGUACUUCAUCAAGGGCAACAACGAGAGCCUGGCGAUCGGCGCAGGAGACGGCAAGUUCGGCCUGUGGUUGGACGGCGAUCUGUAUCAGGGCAGGACGCAGUCCUGCAGCACAUACGGCAACGAGCCGUUGGCGCCGCGCGAAGACUUCGUCGUCAAGACGCUGGAAUGCUGGGCCUUCAUAUAGGACACGGCCUCGUACCCCCAGCCCUCGCCCUCACCGCAGCCUAACUUGACCUGAACUCGCGAGCCUCGCGCAGGUUUCGCCCUCCCCCCUCCCCCCAGGAGAGAUUAGAGGAAGACUAACGAUUCUGAAAGACUUUGCCGGAGAGGACGAACGCCGCGAUACACGAUUAUAACGCGAUUGCCAUCGGCGUUCGGGGAAGCAUCCGGUGCUGUUAGGCGGACAGGCUGUGAUUCUCCCGGGAAAACACGGAGAAUCGUCAGUAUCCACGCGCGGGGACAACGAUGAGUAAUGAUGUUGGCUCGAGGCGAUGGCGAUGGUGAAUCGCAGACGGCGAUGCAGCCUCGAGAGGGAUAUAUAUGCGAUCGGUAAGGAGACGAGCGAAAAACAGAAAAAGGAAAGACUAUCGUUUAGUCCGAAGGUACGCGAUAUAUCGGUAGCGGGGCUAUUGAAAACUCGUGAGUAACGUGUGUCGCAUAACUGUUGAGAGAUCGAUCACCUGGUUGAUUUUGUCAUUCGUUUUCAGCUCUUGUCUCUUUCAUUUAUUUUUUUAGUUGCCGUAUUUAUUUUACCCUUUUUUACAUACAUAUAUACAUAUAUAUAUAUAUAUAUUCUGUUCGCGAACAGCUGCGUCGCUCGUCGAUAUUUGUUUUCUGAUUUGAUUUGCAAGUGCAAUCGAGAGUCGAAGAGUUUAUGAUUACUUCGUACGAUGAUCGUUACUUCGAACUAGUCGUGAGUAUAUGACACAUUUUAAGUGACUACUGCUACAACAUCGAUAAGAGGUAAUUGCGAGAACGUUGAUGUUGAUGAUCAAUGACGAAUGAGUAAAAUAAUGAAAAUAAUGAUAGAUAUAAUAAUAAUAAUAACGAUGAUGAUAAUGAUGAUAAGUAUGACGGUGAUCGUGGAAGAAUGAUGAGUGUGUGAGUGUGAGAGUUUGAGGAAACGACGUGGGUGACAAAGUGUUAGGCGAGAUCUAACGUUUCGGAAGGAAACUAUUAACGAUUCAACACGAUGAAAUGCUAAAAAAACUAACAGUUUGUUGAUGUGUAGAUAAUGUAGAUAGUAAAUGUAAAUAUAUAUAUACUAUGAUCGUGUUGCAAUGAUUAAUUUUAACGGUAGAGAGAACUCUUUGCGGAACACUGUGUAGCUCGUCAUGUAUAAUCUAAGGAGACGAACACGAGGAUACACACACGACAUAUAACAUAUAUACAUACACAUGAGGAUUGUACACAGAUAGGGAAGCGUGCUCUCGCGCGCGACCAGAUGCGAUGAUCUAUGAUCUGAUAAAAAUACAGAAUAAGUAGCUUUAGGGAAAGAGAGACGGAAAGGAAGAGAGUAUAGGGAGAGAGAGAGAGAGAGAGAGAGAGAGAGAGAGAGAGAGAACGAUCUCGUGCCGAUAUCCUACAAUUAAUGACGAGAAAUAGAAGGAGAGAUAAACGAAGAAAUCUGUAAAUCGGACGAGAGAGUCGACGAUGCACGGAAUUGCGGGAUCGAGUCGGGAGCGUGUAUUCGUGAAUCUUGUCGUCAGUAAACUAGUAAAUAUGCUUUGAAGUCACGAGUGACCACAACGAACACACAUGCCUGCUUCGCUCUCUUUGUCUCCCUCCGCCAAGUGUCAAAACGCGAUGUCAAGCGUAUAUUUCGCGAGCGUGAACCCCCCAACUUCUCCCCCCUCUCCCCAACUGUACCAGCGUACGAGAAGAAAUCCUCGAUGUGUGAUGGUCGAUCGCGCACUAACAGUGGUAGCACGUCGAGUCCCCACACACGGAAGAGGACCCAUCGAGAUCGUCGCGUGAGAAGCACUCGUACCGAUGCUCUUUUGAACCUAGUCCAACUUUGUACGGCCGUGUUAUAAAACCGUGUUAUACAUGCAGCACACAAUCACACACACAUACUGUCCGAGCUUAAUAAUCCCUGACGCGCGAUGGGCAUCGCAUGAGGAGAGCGCGCCGGGAGACGAGAAACCGAGAGCGCGACGUGGGGCGACUCCGCCGCGCGGAGAAUUUUGUACGCGUACGGAAAUGCGAACGGAGAUGAAGAAAAGUGAAGACCCACGAAAGAGAGAGAGAGAGAAAGAGAGUGAGUGAGUGAGUGAGUGAGUGAGUGAGUCAUCCUCUUUCUCCGUGAUCGCGCGGGAAGAAGCGUCGUCGUCGGGCAUCGGACGAACUUUUCUAGCUACGUUAAGCUGCACGCAGUCGUUCGAAGCACCACCCGGGACCUUUUGGCGCGUGACUCUCCGCCGACCUCUCGCCCCGUCGGCCUCGAAACGGAUCACGUUUUAUAUAUACCGCGUUAUAGAUCUAGAUAACGACGCGUAUCCUCUUCGCCCGCCCUUUUUCCGACAGUCCUUUUCUCCCGUUGUCGUCCUCUUCCUCCACACUACUCCUACGAUUACUCUAGAUACAAUAUUUGUACUCAGCGACGUACGCGUUGCCUCGUUUCUAUACGAUUUCGGAUCUGCGAUCUAAUCUUAACGACGCGUCUCUCUUUCUCUCUGUCGGCCGGGCCCAACGGGUUCCGUCGGCAGAGAGACGCGCAUAUCACUAUGCGACGACCAAGAGUGCUUAUUAUACUAACACGUGAGCACAAUAAAACACACGCAGAAAACUUUGGAUCUAUAUUUACCUGUUUCUCUCACUUCUCGAGUACGGUACAUACAUACACACGUACAUACACAUGCACGCGGCAUUCGCGCUCUCUAAGUUUCUCGGAGCGGAGUCACGCUCAAAACGAGCGAGGAACGACGGUAUCUUCGUUCGAAGCGGAAGCACCACCGCUCAUAAAUCGCGAGAGUGAGUGUUUCGCUCGAGUUUAGAGCAGAUUCUUCAUAAUUUUGUUCGUUCUCGCUGAAUUAGCGUGCAGAAUUGUAGAAGCUAAAAAAGAAACAGAUAUACAGCUAAGACUCGGUGGAGGAGGAAAAGAGUACCAGUUAGUGCAGCCAGUUCAGCGAAAAAGAACAGACCUGAUGAUGUAAAGUGAGAUGUGAGCAAAUGUUUCGAUUGAUCGAAGUGAAUAUAUUUCGGUGACGAUGAAACACGUCGGAUUUGCUUUUCGAUUUCGAGUAAAACUAUUCGCUCGACGAUCCGUAGUGGAGCAUUUAUUCCCCACGUGAAUGAAAAAUCAUUCGAAUUCGAGUGACGUCGCUGGUCAUUCCGUUUUCAGAGUGAAAUUUCACUCGAAGAAAUUUACAGAGUGCGCACAUUCAUUCUCUCCCGAUGCGACCGCAGCAUCGGGGAAACGUUCGAAAGACUGAUGAGCGGCCGGUCCAAGAGAUCCCUGAGGGGAGACUCAGGUGUUCGCGCACUGGUUACAAGACGCACUACAUACGGGAAAGAUAGAACAAAGGGAAACGCGUGGUCAAGGCCGCCGAUUGGGCGAUCGGACGGAGCAUGGUGCGAUACUCAAUGAGGAUUGGCCGUAGUUACGCAAGAAUGAUCCAACCCAUAGAAUCGUGAUCUUUCUACAUAAGACAAAGAAAUCCAAGUCUUAUAGCCGCCUGAAAUGAAUUAACAACAGUCUUUACUUUCCCUUAGUUGUGCCAUUCUUUUAUUAACUGCGUUCGUUUCAUCCAUUCUGUUAAGGAUUAACGCUCGUCAAUGAAUACGCUUAAAGAAAAGGAAAAUGAAGCGUAUUUGGCCUCUUGAAUAAUUGUGAGGAACUUCGGCGCUAUUUGUACUAUUUAAAUCGUGUACUAAAUUUUCAUCCUCAUUUCUCUCGGAACCGUGCGGGUUAAAUCUUUCUCGCACGACUAUGGCCAAUUUUGAUCUGGGACCGAAGGUGUGUCGUCGUUCCAGCAGGCUCGGGCUUGUCCGUGCUGCAAGCGCGAAGAGAUCCGGAGGGCCUCGCGACGGAAUUGUCGCGGUUUCAGGAUCACGACGAAUCGCGCACUUGCAGCGUCGCGAGUUCGGUCGGCUCCGCCGGAAAGAAGCCGGUCCGCCGACACCGGAUAUACCUUCUCGACGAAGCGCAAACGUGAUGUCAAUGUCGACGUGGUAUAGGCAGGCACCCACCGGCUUAUUAGGACUUAGUAGUCUCGAGAACCUGUACACCCACUUAAAAGCGCAGAAAACACACGAUAACGUUGCAUACGAUUAGCGUUGCAUAGAGGUCGUAAAUUAGAAUCUAGGCGUAAUCAUGUGAUAUUAAGUAACGCGAGAGAGAGAGAGAGAGAGAGAGCGAGGCGUUGCGCUCGUAGAUGAUUUGUCGAGUCGCUUCGAUGGGAUACCACACGAUUGCACGCGCAACGUCGUAUAACGUUCAUACCACACACACACACACGCACUUACACACACAUGUAUACACGUGCAUACCUCGAGAGAGAGAGAAAGAGAGAGAGAGAGAGGUCCCUCCUCUUCCGUUUCUUCGAAGCGUGCAUUUGAUAACCGGAACGCGGCUCGAGGGAUGUACCCGGGGUACAGUCUAUCGUCGGGUUCGAAAGCGCGGUCAGGGCGAACGCUGAAAUUAUAUCAUUGACGUACGCGAAAGCGAGAAAACGAAGCUAUGUGCAUCCGACGGUGCAGGUGGUAACGAUAAGCCGAACGAGAAGUUUGUAAAGGAAAAAAAGGGGAGAAAGAGAAGGACAAAAUAAUGAAAAGAAAAAGAAAAAGGAAAUAUACUCAUGACCCUCGCCUUAAUGUCAAGAAUCAAGAUGUCGAUGUACAUUGUAACGAAAAAAAAAGAAAAAAAAA